CACUCCGUCUCAAUAUGUCUCAAGAUGGCGGCCAAUGCGGGAUCGAUGUUUCAAUAUUGGAAGCGCUUUGAUUUACAGCAGCUGCAGAGAGAACUGGACGCCACCGCCACAGCACUGGCCAACCGGCAGGAUGAGAGCGAGCAGUCCCGGAAAAAGCUCAUCGACCAGAGCCGCGAGUUCAAGAAAAACACACCAGAGGAUCUGCGCAAGCAGGUAGCUCCACUGCUGAAAGGCUUCCAAGCAGAGAUUGACGCCUUGAGUAAAAGAAGCAAAGAGUCAGAGGCUGCCUUCUUGAACGUAUACAAGAGAUUAAUCGAUGUCCCAGACCCAGCACCAGCCCUGGAGGUGGCACAGCAGCUGCAGGUGAAGGUGCAGAGGAUGCACGACAUCGAGACGGAGAACCAGAAGCUCCGGGAGACGCUGGAGGAGUACAACAAGGAGUUCGCCGAGGUCAAGAACCACGAGGUCACAAUCAAAGCACUUAAGGAGAAGAUUCGGGAGUAUGAGGAGUCCCUGAAGAACCAGGCGGAGAACCUGGCCCAGGAGAAGGAGCAGCUGCUUCACAAUGACUAUGCAGAGAAGGAGAGGAAGCUGCAGGAGACGCAGGAGUCGCUGGCCUCCAAGCUCGAGGAGGCCGACCGCAAGGUCCAAUCCCUACAGACAGCACUUGAAGCAACUCAGGCAGAGCUUUUUGAUCUGAAGACCAAGUAUGACGGAGAGUCCACAGCAAAGGCCGAUGAGAUUGAGAUGGUGAUGACCAACCUGGAGAGGGCCAAUCAGAGGGCGGAGGUGGCGGAGAGGGAGGCGGAGACCCUGCGGGAGCAGCUGACGUCCGCCAACAAGUCGCUGCAGCUGGCCACGCAGAUCCAGAAGGCCCCCGACAUGGAGCAGGCCCUGGAGGUCCUGUCGCGCUCCAGCCUGGAGGUGGAGCUGAGCGCCAAGGAGCGGGAGAUCGUGCAGCUGGUGGAGGACGUGCAGAGGCUCCAGGCGAGCCUGAGCAAACUGCGGGAGAACUCGGCCAGCCAGAUCACCCAACUGGAGCAGCAGCUCAGCUCCAAGAACUCCACCCUCAAGCAACUGGAGGAGAAACUGCAGGAACAGGCUGACUAUGAAGAGGUCAAGAAGGAACUGAAUAUCCUCAAGUCCAUGGAGUUCGGGCCAUCUGACGGUUCUACGGCACAGGACUCUUCGAAGCCCCUGGAGGUGCUGCUGCUGGAGAAGAGCCGAGCCCUGCAGUCAGAGAGCGCCUCCCUGCGCCUCGCCAACAGCGAGCUGAGCGGGGCAGCCGGUCGGAAGGGGAAGGAGGCCGCGGCGGAGAGCCAGCAGCGUCUUCCUGCCACAGCCAACGCCGCCGCCCUGCAGGGCUCCCCUCCCCCUGCCCCCUCCCAGCUGCUCCUGCGGGCGGGGUCGGGCGCUGCUGCGGGUGGGGUGGAGCCCGCCUCCAGCGCCAACGGCACACACCAGUUCUCGCCCACGGGCAUCGGGCAGGACUACUUCAGCCCCGGCAUGGCCGGCACGGGCGGCGCGUACCCCCUCGCCGGCAAGGUGGCGCUCAACUCCCUGCUCCAGCGGCAGCUCAUGCAGACCUUCUACUCCAAAGCCCUACAGGACUCCCCUGGCGGGGCCAUGCUCUUCGCCCCGGGCCACUACGCCGCCAACUCCCUGUCCGCCAGCCCGCUGCCCCAGUCGCAGCACCAGCCCGCCGGCAGCCCCGACGUCAACGGCAUGGCGCCCUCCCCCAGCCAGUCGGAGGGCGCCGGCAGCGCCUCGGAGGGCGAGGACAUGGACACGGCCGAGAUCGCCCGGCAGGUCAAGGAGCAGCUCAUCAAGCACAACAUCGGCCAGCGCAUCUUCGGCCACUACGUGCUGGGCCUGUCGCAGGGCUCGGUCAGCGAGAUCCUGGCCCGGCCCAAGCCCUGGAACAAGCUGACCAUCCGCGGCAAGGAGCCCUUCCACAAGAUGCGGCAGUUCCUGUCCGACGAGCAGAACAUCCUGGCGCUGCGGAGCAUCCAGGGGCGCCAGCGAGAGAACCCAGGCCAGAACCUGAACAGAGUGUUUCAGGAGGUUCCGAAGCGAAGAACCGGCUCGGACGGCACCUCGCGGCCAGGUAACAUCACCACCAGGAUCCGCACUCCAGAGAGCGGCUCCGACGAAGCCAUCAAGUCCAUUCUGGAGCAGGCCAAACGGGAGCUGCAGGUUCAGAAAGCCGCUGAACCCUCCCAGCCCCCUCCCUCCUCCAGCGGGGGCGGGGGUGUCGGCGGCGGCGGCAGCUCGGACGACGCCAUCCGCUCGAUCCUGGAGCAGGCGCGGCGCGAGAUGGAGGCCCAGCAGGCGGCGCUGGAGCCCAUCCUGAAGGCCUCCUCCAUGUCGCAGGCCGACCUCUCCCUGCUGUCCCCCAAGCUGCUCAGCUCCUCCCCCAUGACCGCCAUCCCCGCCUACUCCCCGCUGGCCCUGUCCCUGAAGAAGCCGCCACUCUCCUCGUCCUCCUCCUCGCUCUCCCCGCUCCUCGACUUCCACUCCGCCGGGGUCAAGAAGGAGAGCGGCGAGUCGCCCCUCUCCGAGGGCGCGGCCGAGGGGGGCCACAAGCAUGGCCGAAACGCCGACGGGCCCCGGGGAGGGAGCUCCUGGAGGGACCAGUGGUGGAGCACCAUGCACUCGCACCCGGACCGGCGCUCCGUCUCCACGGCGAUGGCCGAGGAGAGCCGCAGCCAGGAGGACACUAAGGAGAAGCCUCCCCGGCUCGCCAGCUCCCUGGCCGGCCCCUCCUCCUCCGCCUCCACCUCCUCCCUGGACUACUGGAAGGAGUGGCCGAGCGCCGAGUCUCCCUAUUCGCAGGGCUCGGAGCUGAGCCUGCAGGCCCCCAGCGGCAGCGAGACCCCCCAGAGCAGCCCCCUGCCCUCCUCGCCGCUGCUGCCGCUGGCUAAGCCCGCCAAGCCCGCGGUGGCCCCGCUCACGCCCGAACAGUACGAGGUCUACAUGUACCAGGAGGUGGACACCGUCGAGCUCACGCAGCAGGUCAAGGACAAGCUGGCCAAGAACGGCAUCUGCCAGCGCAUCUUCGGCGAAAAGGUGCUGGGUCUGUCUCAGGGGAGCGUGAGCGAUAUGCUGUCCCGGCCGAAGCCCUGGAGCAAGCUGACCCAGAAGGGCCGGGAGCCUUUCAUUCGCAUGCAACUGUGGCUGAACGGAGAGCUGGGCCAGAAUGUGCUGCCCCUCCAGGGCCAGCCGCAAGAGAACACUCCCAAGACCUCGGCCAGCUGCAGCCCCGCCCCCGAGUCGCCCCUGAGCUCUGCCGAGGAGUCGGUGAAGAGCCUGGGGGAGUCGACCGCCCAGCCCCCCGCCCCGGAGCCCAGCGACCCCUCCGAGUCCCAGCCGAGCACGCCCCUGCCUGUCCCGGGACACUCCGGCCUCAGCAUUCAAGAGAUGGUGGCCAUGUCCCCCGAGCUGGACACCUACGUCAUCACCAAGAAGGUCAAGGAGGUGCUGACCGACAACAACCUGGGGCAGCGGCUGUUUGGGGAGACCAUCCUGGGCCUGACGCAGGGCUCGGUGUCUGACCUGCUGGCCCGGCCCAAGCCCUGGCACAAGCUCAGCCUGAAGGGGAGGGAGCCCUUCGUGCGCAUGCAGCUGUGGCUCAGUGACCCCCGAAACGUGGACAAGCUCAUGGACAUGAAGAGGAUGGAGAAGAAGGCCUACAUGAAGCGUCGCCACAGCUCGGUGAGCGAGAGCCAGCCGGUGGAGAGUGGCCUGCCGGGGGGAGACUUCAGCCAGGGCAGCAGCCCCCAGCACCAGCAGCACCAUCUGAAGAAGCCCCGCGUGGUCCUGGCCCCCGAGGAGAAGGAGGCCCUCAAACGCGCCUACCAGCAGAAGCCCUACCCCUCUCCCAAAACCAUUGAGGAGCUGGCCAACCAGCUCAAUCUUAAAACCAGCACUGUCAUCAACUGGUUCCACAAUUACAGGUCCAGAAUCCGCCGCGAGCUGUUCAUCGAGGAGAUCCAGGCAGCUGCAGGAGAGGGGGGUUCCCCCGCGGCGCGGGUGGCCAAGGCGGGCGAGGGGGACAGCUGCGACGGCACAGAGUCAGACGGGACGAUGGAGGGUCGUCCGGGCGGGGGCAUGGGGCCGGAGGAGUACGGGGGCAUCUCGGAGACCGAGGGCGCCGACCAAAAGGAGGCCAAGGAGGACGGGGGCACAGGGACGCCGGCCCGCUCGCCAGCCCCGCAGGAUGCCGCCACCUUGGCGACCAGUGCGGCGGGCACCAGCGGCCACCAGGGCGGCGCCAUCAGCAGCUUGUUCACUUUCCCUGAGGCGGCGCCUGCCGCCUCCAAGAACCCCAGGGACAGCAGCCUGCGCAAGAAGAAAGCCGCCAACCUCAACAACAUCAUCCACCGCCUGGAGAAGGCCGCCAGCCGUGAGGAGCCGUCCGAGUGGGAGUUCUGA